UUUUAUUUUUAUUUUAUUUUUAAAGAGGAAAAAUAUUAAAAAAAAAAAAGACAAUUUGAGUGUGGAGUUGACAAAUGUCGAAACAAAACCUCAGAAAAUACGGGUAUAUUUUACCGACAUAAGAUAAUCACUCCAAAACAAUCAUCGAUGAUGAAUUGGAAUUCAAGGUUUUCAUGAUUUUUACGACUUGGGAUUUACUCAAAAGACUUUUGAUUCCUGCAACACUUGUUACCAACCUUCUUCCUUAAAAAUCUAUCAUCAAAAUUCAGGGAUUAGGAGAUAGAGGACUGCAACGCGCCUCCAGGGCAAGUGGGGUCUUGUCCCAGUUGUAGCAGAGAGGAGAGCAGAGAUGGGGUUAGAGUUUGAAGCUUCAAGGACAACAGUGCAACUGGGCAGACAUGGGGGACAUGUUUCCACAUGAUAGGACUCUGUCCACGCGCUUUUGAAGGAGAUUGGGGUUUGGGGUUGGUGUUCUUUUCUAAGUGGUUUCCAGUUUCAACCCUUUAUCUUUUUAUCUCAGAGGCAUUGUGGACAUGGAUUUUACGUGGAUUCGAGGGUUGUUUUGGGCAAGAUAUUUCUCUCUGUCAAUCUCUCCAUCUGGAGAAGCCCAAAAAGGAAGAAUCAACAGUGGUGUAGUGAGAGGUAGAAAUUCCUGAGAAAGGUAGAGAAAAAAAAAAAGAAACAAAAGCAUAGAAAGAAAAUGGAAAAGAAAAUAAUGGCUACAAUAAUUCUGGGGAACCAAAGACACCAACACCAUCAACAACAGCCAGAGAUUGUUGUUUCCUGACCUUUUUUUUUUUUUCCUUAUUGGGUUCAGAUCAUUGACCCAGACCAUAAAGAAAAAGGAACAGCUGCGAGCUUUCUCUUUCUCUGUUGGUCUCGAUGAAGAAUGCUAUCUGGGUUUCGUAGAUCAUGCCCAGAUCUUAUCGUCUUUUGAUCCAGCUGAAUAGGUUAUGAAUCUUGGUGAAACUGAAGAAAAGAGAAAGAGCGGGUUUGAAUUUUCAUCUGACUAGGGGAAUUUGCCCACUUGGAUUGGUACAACUCUAGAUGCAAGAAAAGCAUGGGGAUUCUCAAUCGGGGACAAGAGAAACUUAUUGGUGGACUAAUUCUCUGAAGGCUGCUAAAAUCUGGUUGAAAUUGGUUUAAUGCCCUUGAUUAUUACUUCUCCAACUGAAGUUAUAUCCUCUCGUUCUUACUGAUGCUUUAUUUUUUGCUCUAAAGAAGCUUUGGUCUGUGUUGGGUUCUUGAGUUCAUGAGAAGGAGCUGUUGAUUUGACAUUUAAGUUAUGAUAAAAAAUAUACUUAAUAGGCUCCCAAGGAAGCCAUCUAAAUCAGCUGAGAAUCGGGAUGGAGGUGGGGCUUCUAUCUCCUCCUCAAAUGCUUCUACCAGUUCAAGAAGUAAUGAUUUAGUAAAUAACAGGUUUGGGAACUUUAAUGCUACAUCUCUUUCAGGCGCAAACCCCACAUCAAAUUCAGGACCCAAUUAUGGAAAUAAGAUCCCCCAAGCUGUGAAUAUGAAGUUAAAUGGGAAUUCGGCGGCAGCUUCAUAUGAGGCCUUGCCAAGUUUUCGAGAUGUUCCAAACUCUGAGAAGCAGACCCUGUUUAUCAGAAAGCUGAGCUUGUGUUGUGUGGUGUUUGACUUCACUGACCCAACAAAGAACCUGAAGGAAAAGGAGAUCAAGCGACAGACUUUGGUAGAGCUUGUGGAUUAUGUGACCUCAGCAAAUGGGAAAUUCACAGAAAAUGUCAUGCAAGAAAUCAUAAAGAUGGUAUCUGUAAAUUUGUUUAGGACGCUCACUUCUCCACCCCGUGAGAACAAAGUUUUAGAGGCCUUUGAUUUGGAAGAGGAGGAGCCUUCAAUGGACCCUGCAUGGUCUCACUUGCAAAUUGUGUAUGAAUUUCUUCUGAGGUUUGUGGCAUCACCUGAGACAGAUGCAAAGUUAGCUAAGAGGUACAUUGAUCACUCUUUUGUUCUCAGACUCUUAGAUCUAUUUGAUUCAGAGGAUCCUAGAGAAAGAGAAUACUUGAAAACUGUUCUACACCGCAUCUAUGGAAAAUUUAUGGUCCACCGACCAUUCAUCAGGAAAGCAAUCAACAACAUCUUUUAUCGUUUUAUUUUUGAAACUGAGAAGCACAAUGGAAUUGCAGAGCUGUUGGAGAUUUUGGGCAGUAUAAUCAAUGGGUUUGCGCUACCACUGAAAGAAGAGCACAAACUCUUUCUUGUUCGAGCACUAAUUCCGCUGCAUAAGCCAAAAUGCAUUCCCAUGUACCAUCAGCAGUUAUCUUACUGCAUCACACAAUUUGUGGAGAAAGACUGCAAGCUUGCUGAUACUGUUAUAAGGGGUUUAUUAAAGUAUUGGCCAAUUACAAAUAGUUCAAAGGAGGUCAUGUUCUUAGGUGAGUUGGAAGAAGUUUUAGAAGCAACUCAACCUCCAGAAUUCCAACGCUGUAUGGUACCCUUGUUCCGCCAGAUUGGUCGUUGUUUGAGCAGUUCACAUUUUCAGGUGGCAGAGAGGGCCUUGUUUUUAUGGAAUAAUGAUCACAUCGAGAACCUAAUAAAACAAAAUCGCAAAGUCAUACUGCCAAUUAUCUUCCCUGCCUUGGAGAGAAAUGCUAGAAACCACUGGAAUCAGGCAGUACAGAGCUUGACAUUAAAUGUCCGCAAGAUCUUCUCUGAUGUUGACCCUGAGCUGUUCGAGGAGUGUUUGCUCAAGUUUCAGGAAGAUGAAGCACAAGAGAAGGAGGUUAAGAUGAAACGUGAAGCCACAUGGAAGCGCUUAGAAGAGAUAGCUGCCAUGAAAGCUACGAGUAAUGAACCAGUGCUUGUCCCUCGUAGAGCAACCACUCAUACACCUUCUGGCUAGGGAGUGAGCACAUUCCUGAUGGUUACUCCCAAAGUUUAUGAUUUUCAUAUUGGUAUGCAUUGGGAGGAGCCAUGAUGGGGAGUUGUUAAUUCCCUUGGUUGCUUGCUGACCUUGUUUUUUCCUUUUCAAGUUUUGGUUUGUCAGGUAACAAGAGGGUUAAGGAUGAUACCACUGUGAGGGGCACAAAAAGGCCCCAUUCUGGUUCAUAAGCGCGGACUGUAUAUAUGGGGAUUGGGGUUGUUGGAGAAAGCAAAUGGGGAGAUGGGGUUGUAUGGUGCUGCAAUGCAUAGUUAAAAAACCGAAGGAGAUUCAGGUUGUUAAAUUUGGCCUUUUUGCAGUUUGAUGCUCUCAAGGGCGACAGAAAGGAAUCUUCAAUUCACAUAUAUCUGUUUACAUAUUUUUGAAUUUGGUUUAAUUAAAAGUACUCUUAGUCUUCAAAUUUAUUAUAUGUAUCAUUAAACUUGUUGCUUCUGUUAAAUGGAACUACUGUUUGCCAUGAGUUUCCAAUGUAGACAGAAAAACUUUAUAAAUCUAAUUCCGGUUAAGCCCCCAAGAAAAAGGGUUAGUAUGUA